AAAUUGAACCAGUCUAACCGCAACAUAACUACAGCAUGACAGUUCUCGCGCGCUAGUAGUGGUAGGUGAAAUGAGGGAGAUGAGAUGCGUGAUAUGGUAGGGGAAAGCAAUAACAAUAACAGAAUUUCGCCAUCGUUAAGAGUAGCCAAGAAAGUAGUUCUGCAAGUGUUUUGGUAAUUCACACAAAAUUAGUUUAAUUAACUUGUGGGUGUUCGAGUAGAAGUUUAGAGUGCGGUGUGAAUUAAUAGAAAAUCCGUAAGUUACAACCUGAAAAGAAAGGUAAAUGGUUAGCUGAACGAUUUCAAAUACUUACCUGCAUAUUUCCCCGUAGCUGAGCAAAUACCGGUACCGGGUAGUCCUGAAACAGGGAAAGCUACCAAAGAAACAUCGUGCCAGUGGAGUGUAAUCACCCGCGCAAAAGCUACCGAUUUAGGGUAACUGCACCCGUAUUAAACCACCCUUGAUUUGAAAGUUUAAAAAUAAGUCGUGGCAGAGGAAACCACUUAAUUGUAAGUGAUUAGUAAUUAAGUUUGUGUUGUUAAUUGUGCUAAUUGAUUUUUUUGUUAAUAAAUUUCACAGUUUAAGCGUUGCAUCAAAAAACCUGAGCUGCUAUAAAAAUCUGGUUUCCCUCUCGGGAACAUUCUUAAAAAUUAAGUGACACCCGCGAAGUAACUUCCGCGAAGUGAUAGUGUCAAGUGAGAAGUUCGGACCUGCCAAAAGAUGACUUCCGAUGCUGAGUCCACCCACGACCAAACCGUCAUGGAUCUGACGGCAACUCAAUGUACGAUUUGUGGACUAUCUACGAGCGACGAGGUGAUGGUCUGCUGUGACGGAUGUUCUAAAUGGUUCCAUACAUGUUGCGUGGACAUCGAUGAGGACAAUCUGCCGAAGAAGUGGUACUGCCAAAGCAAGGCCUGCCAGAAGAAGGCCCAGGAGUACCGGCAGAAGCAGAAGGACGCCAAGAAGCAGCCUCGCACCCGGAAAAACGGCAACGAGUCGGAGAUAUCCAGCGUCAGCUCUCGUCUAGCUGCGUCUAGCGUGGAAGCAAAAGGCCGAGCGUUAGAAGAGAAGCAGAAGCAGCAGUAUGAAGAGCUGGAGGUGGAGAUGCUGCUGCGGAAGAAAGAAAUGGCGAUGCAGCGUGCGUUCGAGCAGCGAAAAAUGGAAUUGGAGCUGCAGAUGCGCGCUGAGGAACAAGAGGAGCAAAGAGCAUGGCAAGCGGAGAUGCUCCAAAAGAAGAAGGAGCAGCUUCAGCGGCUGAAGGCGAACAGGGAGUCGUCCUUCGAGAUGCAAAUGGCGGCCAUGGAUGAGGAGCUAGCUGAACUUUCGGGUCGAAAGUUGAAGCCGGCGCCGAAAGUAGUCACGGACGUUUCGCGAGCGAUUCCUUCCGGCAAAAUCAACCCGAACGUGUUGAAGCUGAGCAAGGAGAAGGAGAGAAAACAAACGCGAGGCUACGACAGCACCGACGAAGAAGACGAGGACGAGUAUUCUGACGAUUCGGAUCUGCAGAGUCAGAGUUCGGUCUCGUCGAUGGAGCGCAAGACAAAACGGAAGAUGCGCAAUAAAGUGGGAAGUCUCAGCCAAAACGGGCUGGGGCAGCAGCAGACCGGACCGACGAAGGCACAGCUGGCUGCGAGGAUGGGGUUAACCUACAAACUCCCAAAAUUCUCCGGCAAACCAGCACAGUGGCCAUUGUUCUACGCGGCCUACAAAGUGUCCAACGAUGUAUGCGGCUACAUGAACCACGAGAACUUGAUGCGACUUCAGGAAGCCCUGGAAGGCGACGCUCUCGAGCUGGUGUCCGGGCAGUUGCUUCUUCCCGAAUCCAUCCCGCAAGUAAUCGAGAAGCUGCGCCGGCACUUCGGCCGCCCGGAACAACUGCUUCAAUGCCUGCUGGACAAGGUGAACCGGCUGGAACCCCCGAGGCCAGACAAUCUGAGGAGUUUUGUUCCAUUCGGAAACACGGUGGAGCAACUCUGCGGCCAUCUAGAGGCAGCGGAUCUACGGCAACACCUGGUCAACCCGCUGCUGAUAAAGUCGCUGGUCGCCAAGCUGCCGGAUCGGGAAAAGCGUGAGUGGGUCCAUUACCGGCGAGGUCGAGGGGAAACAACGUUGCGGACGCUGACGGAUUUCCUGAUGGACAUCGUGGCAGACGCCUGCGAAGCUAACGUUGACGUGGACUUCGUGGAGUUCAAUUCACCGCCGCCGUCCGAAGCAGAUUCCCAAUCCGAAGAGGAGGGUUCGGAUGAGGCUGGACCCAACCCGCUCAUGCAUCCGGUCGAAAAUACAGUCGGGCUGAGUGCACACAUCCGGACAAACUGCACGGUAUUGUUCCGGAUCGUUCCGGUGCAGCUGCACUACGGUGGAAAAACGGUGUCAGUGCUGGCGUUCCUGGACGAAGGUGCUUCCGUCACGCUGGUGGAGAAAAAGCUCGCCGACCGUCUGGGCGCGGUCGGAGUACAAGAGCGAUUGACCAUCCAGUGGACGGGAAACACGUCGAGAGAGGAGGAUUCCCGAAGAAUGAGUCUUUGGGCGUCGGGAACAGGCGCUGCAGCCGGCGGCAAAAUGCUGUUACACACAGUGCACACGGUAGACAAGUUGAUGCUGCCACAUCAAAAGUUGGAUUUGGAGGAGCUUGCAGCACAGUACGAGCACAUGCGAGGGCUGCCCAUCGAAUCGUACGACGGACAGCCGCAGUUGCUGAUAGGGGUAAACAACAUCCACGCGUUUGCGCCGAUAGAAGCAAAGGUGGGUACGCCCGUGGAACCGAUUGCGGUUCGAACCAAACUAGGAUGGACGGUGUAUGGGCCGCGACAGGAAACCUCGGCGACGGCCGACAACUAUCUCGGUUACCACCGGCAGAUAACAAACGUGGGUCUGCCGCCCGAGCUAUUUAAGAGCAACCAUGCGUUGGAAGAAUUGGUGGUGGCAAUUCCACGGGGAACCGCAAAGAAGAAACGGAGCCAGGAAAUACGAGAGCGAACCACCCAACUCGUCGGCGACCGCUGCACAACCGGGUUGCUGUCGAAGGACCGAGGACAAGAAGUUACCACGUUUCCUCAUCCGGACAGACCCGGAAAAACCACCACGAACAGGGCGGUGCUGGGUCUGAAGGCAGAAGGACAGGUCCAUCAACAAAAAAGGCGGGUUCGAAAUUCGAAACGGCAACUCGCUGGAAACCCUACGGAGCCUAGAAGAGGCGAAGCCGGCGACACCGGAGCAUUUGAACCGUGGUAUCUUGCAGAUGAUGGAGAGAGUCCUGGGAGCGAUGUGGGGUCCAAGUGGGGACCAGCGUUUUCGACGAGGCACCGCGGCGAAUUGUUGCCGCACCUGUACGAGGAAAAGCGGCUGACGAGAAGACUCGUCGCGAAUGGAGCAGGACCGGAUGAAGUCAAUAUCGAUCGCCGUAAGAAGAAGAGUUGGGCGAUGCGUGCGCUCGAUGAGGGGCGCAAGUUGUCGGACGAGAUCUGUUGCCAGGAAGUGGAAACGGCUGGCAUGAUCGAAACCGAAGCACUGACGUCGGAAUACCUUCCGAUGGUCAACCAGCGGUCGAAAUGGUUCGACGAUCAGCAACCGCUUCAAGAGGGCGAUUCUGUGUUCAAGGUCGACGGGAAAACCCGAAGGUCUUGGAAAAGAGGCGUCAUCGAGGGUGAUCGAGGGCUCAGAUGGGCGAGUCUGACAAACCUGCGGACGGCAGAUGGUAAGGUGUAGAGACGAGAUGUGAUGAACCAUGCGGCGCUAGAGGUAAGGUAAAUCCGGAAAUGUCGGAUGUUACGGGCUGGGGUGUUGCGACGCCGCACAAAGUAAGUUUUCUGGGCCGGUCUAAAAUUGAACCAGUCUAACCGCAACAUAACUACAGCAUGACAGUUCUCGCGCGCUAGUAGUGGUAGGUGAAAUGAGGGAGAUGAGAUGCGUGAUAUGGUAGGGGAAAGCAAUAACAAUAACAGAAUUUCGCCAUCGUUAAGAGUAGCCAAGAAAGUAGUUCUGCAAGUGUUUUGGUAAUUCACACAAAAUUAGUUUAAUUAACUUGUGGGUGUUCGAGUAGAAGUUUAGAGUGCGGUGUGAAUUAAUAGAAAAUCCGUAAGUUACAACCUGAAAAGAAAGGUAAAUGGUUAGCUGAACGAUUUCAAAUACUUACCUGCAUAUUUCCCCGUAGCUGAGCAAAUACCGGUACCGGGUAGUCCUGAAACAGGGAAAGCUACCAAAGAAACAUCGUGCCAGUGGAGUGUAAUGUAAGUAGACACAAAAAGAAGGAAUUGGUCUAGAUUCGAAUAGUAAUCAUGAACAUUUGUGUCCCAAAAAUAGCACCCGCGCAAAAGCUACCGAUUUAGGGUAACUGCACCCGUAUUAAACCACCCUUGAUUUGAAAGUUUAAAAAUAAGUCGUGGCAGAGGAAACCACUUAAUUGUAAGUGAUUAGUAAUUAAGUUUGUGUUGUUAAUUGUGCUAAUUGAUUUUUUUGUUAAUAAAUUUCACAGUUUAAGCGUUGCAUCAAAAAACCU